AUGGCACCACCCGGUACUGCCACCCCAAGCUUUCGUGGUUCUUCCCCGGGGAUGGGGUCUCCAAAGCCAUCGACGAGCAGAGUCUCCAGCCCAGCCCCGAAAUCAGAGUCCAAUCUGACCAUCCAGUUCACCACGAGUCUUGAUGAAGCCAAUGAAAGUGACUCGAAACGAAGUCACUACGAAAUGAGUGACGAGGAAGAUAUUCGUCGGCCCAAUUUUAUCGAAGACAUCUAUGGUGUAGAACAACGCAAGAACCCACCGACAAAGAAGGUCAAAACCGACAACACAGACGAACAGCCCAAAAUGGCCAACACGCCGAUCACAAUAUCUGGGGAUACUGGAUUGGGCAAUUUCAUGAAGGAAGGGGAAGGAAAACAGUUCACAGCCGCAACUUCUUCUACUGUUGUUGAUUUGACCGCCGAUACCGCCAAUCCGUCCAACGAUGACGAUGACGACGUGCAAUGCACAGGUUCCGCAGACCUUAGCACCCAAAAGGUCUGCUUUGGGAGGAUUGAAAAUGCUUUCAUUAAUGCCCAUACUGUACCUCGUCCUCCACCAAACCCUGCCUUUGACGACUUUUUGUCUGGCUGGCCUUCGAUGAGGCUUGACCUUCGACGCCAUGCUGCGAGUGAUUUUCAAAUCGAUGCUAUUGAUCCUUUUGGGACCAUUUUUGGCAUGGUUGAUGCAAAGACUGCCAUGGGACUUUGCCCAUUGCUUGACUCCACUGCACAGCCCGUGGAAUUCACUGCGCGGCUUGACACCCGGAAGAAGCUUGCAGGAGAAGUGGCCAAUGAAUCGACAUCUGGUAUAUACCGUGCAUCCAUCAAUCUCUAUGGCCAGAGACAACACGCCAAUGCAAUUGGGAAAUUCCUGGGUCAGAAAAAUAUAUGGCUAGGCACUCCGUCAGCCGUGGCCCAAGGAACUACGGUUUACAACCCCCACGUGAACGUGCGCCGUCAGAUGAACGCAGCAGCAAUCGCAAACAAUAAUGCUACUGCACGCUCAGUCCCUCGAUAUGAGGUUCGAACUGCCGAGGAGGUGAAUGAUGCCGUUAUGAAGAUGUUUGAUCAGCUCAUCACUAAGGACAUCCCAACUAAGGAGCCAACUUCCCACAUCCUGACACCCCUGUUGCCCCAUCAGAAGCAAGCGCUUUGGUUCAUGACAGAGAAGGAGCAGCCACGCAAGUUUGGCCCCAAAGAAGAAGACAACAACUCAUUGUGGCGAGAGGUCCGCAGUGCUGAUGGGAAAACUCGAUACCGCGAGAUCAUCACAGGACUUGUUCUUGAUAGCAAACCCGAUGAGUCCCUUGGGGGACUGUUGGCUGAUAUGAUGGGCUUGGGCAAGACCCUGAGCAUUCUGUCUUUGAUAACUUCCUCUCUUGACUCGGCUCUUCAAUGGAAAAUGUCGGCACCCCACCCCCGCCUUGUACGUGCGAUUCCAGGUAUUCGCAACACACGCACUACGCUUCUGGUUGUUCCUUUGAGCGCCGUCAGCAACUGGAUUGCACAGAUCGAUGAGCAUCUUGCGCCAGACAGCAUCAAGUGUCAUACAUUCCAUGGCCCAAAUCGCAUCACUGAUUUGGACGAACUAUCCAAAUUUGAUGUUCUCAUCACCACCUACAGCACGAUUCUCAGUGAAAUGAAUGGGCGAGGUUCCAAGCGUGGACAAAGCCCUUUGAGGUUGAUGAACAUGUUCCGCAUUGUUCUUGAUGAGGCACACACCAUCAGAGAACAGAAUGCCAGACAAACAAAGGCUAUAUUGGAUCUUAACGCUGAGCGCAAAUGGUCUGUGACUGGAACUCCAAUUCAGAAUCGCCUGGAAGACCUCUUGUCCGUGACCAAAUUUCUUCACAUUUACCCUUACAAUGAACGAAGCAAUUUUGUGCAGCAUAUUUUGAGUCCUUUCAAAAGUGGUGAUCCUAAUGUUCUCGCUAGCUUGCGAGUUAUGGUGGACUCUUUCACUUUGCGCCGUGUUAAGGACAAGAUCAAUCUGCCACCCCGCAAUGAUAACAUGGUCACAAUGGAUUUCACCGAACAGGAGAAGCAAUUGCAUGAGUUCUUCCGCAAUGAGUCCAAUGUUAUGAUGCGUGUCAUUGCUGGAGAGACGAAGAGCAAGAUGGGCGGCCGGAUGUACCAUCAUGUUCUGAAGGCCAUGAUGAUUCUUCGCCAAGUCAGUGCCCAUGGAAAAGAGCUUCUGGACAUCGAGGACCGCGAGCGGAUCAAGGGAUUGUCUGUGCACGAUGCAAUCGAUCUGGAGGAAGGUGAACCGGCUGAGACACCUGCAGCCCUGGACAAAAAGGCGUAUGGCAUGUUCUCCAUGAGACAGGACAUGGCAGAGGAUCUGUGUGCAACCGAAACCUGCAACAAAAACCUCGAGCCAAUCCUCGCUGCGAACGGAGAAGUAGACCCCGAUGCCCCAAUGGCAAUCUACCUACCCUGUGGCUGUGUCUUCUGUCCAAACUGUUUCUCUGGUUGGAAAGAAGUGUUCGACUCAGUCUCUGAGACUCCCAUGGAAUGCCCCGGCUGCAAGGGUUGGACUGCUAUGGCCUACUCAGUGAUCACGCCUAAUGGUCUCGGUCAAUACCAGGCCCAGCAGGAUCAAGAACGCCGUGACCGCCAAACUGGGAAAAUCGGCAAGGUUUUCGGUGAAUAUGAGGGCCCGCACACCAAGACCAUCGCAUUGGUCAAUUAUCUGAAGGAAAGCGUCGAGGAUAGCAAGAAACUCAAGGGUGAAUCACCCAUCAAGAGCGUUGUCUUCUCCGGCUGGACCUCCCACCUGGACCUCAUCGAGAUUGCCCUGCGAAAUAACGGACUGAACGGCUUUGUCAGACUGGAUGGCACAAUGACUCUCGCUGCACGAAUGAAAACUCUCGAGCUUUUCGCAAAAGAUGAUUCAAUCACCAUUCUCUUGGCUACCAUCGGUGCAGGUGGUGUCGGUCUCAAUCUGACCUCCGCGUCGCGUGUCUUCAUUAUGGAACCACAAUACAAUCCCGCUGCCGUUGCUCAAGCUGUUGACCGGGUCCACCGUCUCGGACAAACUAGACCUGUGGAGACAUACCAGUUUAUCAUGAAGGGCAGUAUUGAGGAGAAGAUCCAAGAACUCGCCAAGAAGAAGCAGCAGCUCGCAGAUAUGAGCAUGAACCGCGGCAAACUGGAUAAGCGGGAGGUUCAGGAAGCUCGCAUGCGCGAGUAUCGUUCUCUCUUCAAGUGA